AAAUUGGCACACGUUCGAAUAUACUAGGAAGAAAACACUCCAUCAAUUCCCCAACGGUGCAUAACACGCACUACAGAAUUAACAAGUCAAUUAAGCACCAAAACUCAAAGACACCAAUUCGGAAAAUUGAAAAGAAAAAGAAAAAGAAAAAGAAAAACAACGUUAACCAUCUCACUUAUGAUGUUAUCGAAUCGCAAUAAUUAACAUCUGAUAACACCUUCAUAUAUUAAACAAAACAUUGUUCGGCUUCCAUUAAUAUCAACCCUCCCUGUCUCCGUAUACUUCACCAAUCAUAUCAUCUCAAACCCAAAACCAAACCCUCAAAAUUCUGUCUCAGAAUUUUUAAAAAUUUAAAAAUUAAAAACAGCCUCAUUUGGGUUCUCUGAUUUUUGCUGAUUGGAUCAAUCUCGGAGCUUGAUAUUAGGGUUUGAAGCUUCAGAUUAUAGGUUUUGAUUUUAAUUUUUAUUUUUUAAAAUAAUUUUACAGGGGUAGUUCCGUUAUGGCUCAAUCGACGAGCAGAGGUAGAGUUGUUGGGGACUACCUGGUGGGCAGACAGAUUGGGUGUGGUUCGUUCUCGGUGGUGUGGCACGCGAGGCACAAAGUCCAUGGCACAGAGGUCGCGAUUAAAGAGAUCGCUACGGGACGAUUGAACAAUAAAUUGCAAGAGAGUCUCAUGUCGGAGAUUGUUAUCUUGAAGAAGAUCAACCAUAACAAUAUCAUUCACUUGCACGACAUCAUUGAGGAACCUGAAAAGAUACAUUUGGUAUUGGAGUACUGUAGAGGGGGUGACCUUUAUAUGUAUAUUCAACAACAUCAAGGAGGAGUCCCAGAAGCCACAGCAAAACACUUUAUGCGGCAACUAGCGGCCGGUUUACAAAUUCUCCGCGAGAAUAAUCUUAUACAUCGAGAUCUAAAGCCACAGAAUCUCCUUCUCUCCUCAAAUGACGACAAAUCAGUCCUGAAGAUUGCAGAUUUUGGAUUUGCAAGAUCUCUUCAACCUAGAGGCCUUGCAGAAACACUGUGUGGUUCACCGCUUUACAUGGCUCCAGAAAUAAUGCUACUUCAGAAGUAUGAUGCUAAGGCAGAUCUCUGGAGUGUUGGCGCCAUUUUGUUUCAGCUAGUAACCGGGAAAACCCCAUUUACAGGAAACGAUCCAAAACAGUUGCUCCAGAACAUUGUGAAAUCAUCUGAAUUGCAUUUUCCUCCGGAUAAAAAGAAUUUGAGUUUAGACUGCAUAGAUUUGUGCCAAAAGUUGCUCCGCCGCAAUCCUGUGGAACGUUUAACAUUUGAAGAGUUCUUUAACCACCCUUUUCUUUCUCAGAAGCAACCAGAUGACCCUUCUAGGAACAGGAGAUCAUCAAGAAUGAUAGAUGGUAUCCCCUUUACUGAAGGCAAUCCAGUGAGGAACUCAGAAGAGAGUUCUCAAGAAGAUUGUUUACCUUUCAGUCUUGAUGAUGAUUCCAGUGGUCCUGAUGGGAGUCCAUCCUUUUCUAGGAGGAGGUCUUCUAUGAAUUCUACAUAUGGAUUUUCUCUUGAUACAGUUAAUAAGAGGGAUUUGCCUAACACUUCAAACAACUUGGCUAGAUAUGGAUUUUCUCUUGAAACAAGAGUUGAUAGGAGGGAACCGGCCAACACUUCAAGCAACAUGGAUGUUACUUCCAAGUAUAGUGCUGUUAAGCACAAACCAGAAAGUACUGGUUUUAGAUUUGAUAGUCAUAGACAUUUAGAAGGAAAUCUAAAAGAAUCAUUGAAAUCCAUGGACCAAAAACCAGUGACUUCAAGAGUUGCGGAUUCAUUGGAGUUGAUUGAUCAGGACUAUGUUAUUGUGUCUGGCUCGGCUAUGGAUGCAUCAUCUUCUUCAGCAAGUGCUUCCAAGCAAAGCCAUUUGCCAUGUAAAUCAGAGGGUCCCCCACAAGCAGCUGCAAAUGUUAUCUCCACAUCAAGUGCCCCUGUGCCAAUCAUUGGUGCGGCAGUCAGUAAACUGGAUUGCAUUGGAAGCUUGGAAAGUCACAGCUCUGCUCCUUCUGGGACUUCACAAGGAUCCAUGGACUUAGGAGAUGCUUUGGAGCUGCCAUCAACUCACUGCAUGACAAGAAUUAAGUCAUUGCGGCAGUGUGCUUCUGCUAUCAGGGAAUUAGUAAAUGAUAAGAUUGAUGCAGGUAGGCAACUGGAAGCAUUCUCGAUUCAGCUCGUCAUUCUAGCAACAUGGAAGCAGGCACUUCAUAUUUGCCAUACACAAGCUGCAUCGGCUAUGGAUGGAAGCCCAAGCCAAGAGACUGCCAGAUUGAGGGGGAGUGUUGAGAAGGAGCAUUGUAGUCAUGAUAUCCAAGCGUGUCUUGAUAUUGCUCACUCCCAAAGACCGCAGGAUAUUUGCUCUCAAAUUGAGAGGGAAUUUCUUCUUGAAGUUGGGAAUGCCGAGGAACUUUCCAAGGUUAUUGAGCCUGGAAAUAUGGAGAUGCCAGAUGCGAUGGAGACAAUAUUUCAAUCUGCUCUUGCUUUGGGCAGACACGGGGCUGUUGAUGAGUACAUGGGUGAUACGGAAACUGCAGCAGUUUUUUAUUCAAAAGCAGUGCGCUUGUUAGUGUUUCUUCUAGUGGAAGCACCUUCCCUCAUUCUCAAUCCUCCCUUCUCUCUCACAAACUCGGAUCGGCAUAGGCUCCGAAUGUAUAUUGAUGUCCUUAAUAACAGGCAAAUCCAUUCAAGGACACAAAGAAUGGCUCUGCUCAAGGGUGAGGAACAACAAUGUGCUCCUCAACUUACUGGGGCAACUUUUAAUACCACAUCCUGAUGCCUUUACCUAUUUCACCGUGUAUAAUAAUUAUUUUGUACAGCUAUUCUUUGGGUGACUGGGGAAUGUAUGGAGGUGUUGUUUUGCAUGUGCAAUGGGAUGUUGUUAAUACUCUUAUUUAUGUAAUCUAGAGAGAAGAUAAAUGUGCAUUUUUUCACACUA